AUGGAUGACAUCGCAGAUUCUCACCGUCAUGCUGCCCCAAGUCCCGACAAUGACAGAUGGAGACACUCAGUAGAAAAGGAAGAAGAUCAUCGAUCAGAAGAAGAUGUGAUUACUCAUGUUGCCGACCCAUUUGGAGAUGAAGAAAAUGCCGAAACGAAAUAUCGGACGUUAGAAUGGUGGCAAUGCGGCAUGAUCAUGAUCGCAGAAACUAUCUCCUUGGGUAUUCUGUCCCUUCCAUCGGCUGUAGCAGUGCUAGGACUUGUCCCUGCGCUCAUUCUCAUCGUCGGGCUUGGUAUCGUCGCAACCUAUACUGGAUAUGUGAUCGGCCAAUUCAAACUCCGAUACCCGCAAGUACAUAGUAUGGGAGAUGCUGGAGAGCUGCUUUUUCAUCCCCUUGGCCUAUCUCGCUUCGGUAGGGAGUUCAUGGGAACGGCUCAGCUGUUCUUUCUGAUCUUCGUCAUGGGCAGUCAUCUAUUGACCUUUAGUGUCAUGUUGGAUACAGUCACAGAUCAUGGCACCUGCUCAAUUGUAUUUGGAGUAGUUGGUUUGAUUGUCUCGUUCAUAUUCGCCUUGCCUCGAACUCUUCGCAAGGUCUCCUGGUUCUCGUUUGCGUCUUUCGCAAGUAUCAUCGCCGCACUCUUGAUUACGAUGAUCGCCAUUGCUGUCCAGCGCCCGGGUGACGGCAAGGUAGACGCGACUACAACAGUCAGUCUUUCAAAGGGGUUCCUGGCCGUGACAAAUAUUGUGUUUGCUUAUGCUGGUCAUGUGGCUUUCUUUGGUUUUAUUUCCGAGAUGAAGACUCCAACGGACUAUCCUAAGACCCUAUACCUGCUCCAGAUCACCGAUACAAGUAUGUAUGUGAUAGCCGCUGUUGUUAUAUAUAUAUACGGUGGAAAGGAUGUGAAAUCACCCGCCCUGAGCUCGACAGAUCCAAUAACAGCAAAGAUUGCAUAUGGAAUUGCAAUCCCUACGAUUGUCAUAGCUGGUGUCAUCAAUGGGCAUGUCGCAUCUAAAUAUGUCUACGUCCGCCUCUUCAGGGGUACGGAUCACAUGCACAGGCGUACAUUCUUCUCCGUCGGGUCCUGGGUUGCCAUCACUCUGGUAUUAUGGGUGAUAGCAUGGAUUAUUUCAGAGGCAAUCCCUGUGUUCAAUACAUUGCUGAGUCUGAUCACUUCCCUUUUCGCUAGCUGGUUUACCUAUGGAUUAAGUGGCAUAUUCUGGCUAUUCUUGAACCGAGGCCUGUACGGGGCAUCCUGGAAAAAGAUGGUCCUGACUGCUAUUAACCUGGUGAUUGUCGCGAUUGGUGCUUGCUUGUGUGGCAUGGGUCUCUGGGUGUCUGGCAAAGCGAUUCACGAUGAUUCGAGUGGCGCCAGCUUUUCGUGUGCUGUCAAAAGUGGAUAA